AUGUCCAACCCAACUCUACUAGGGGUCUACCAUAACCACAGCCAAGAACUUUAUCCUAUAUCUGCACCAGAGUCCUCUCACUCUGAUAAACCGUUCAUGAACUCGGAAAAGUCCGAGAAACACUACCCACUGAGCUUCCGCGAGCGUCUGCGACAUUUCACAUGGGCAUGGUACACCCUCACCAUGAGUACCGGAGGUCUAGCCCUCCUCAUAGCAAACCAGCCGAACAAAUUUACAGGCUACCGUGAGGUCGGUAUGGCCAUCUACAUAAUCAACCUCGUCCUCUUCUCCCUCGUCUGUUCUCUCAUGGCAGCACGCUUCAUAAUUCACGGCGGAGCCCUUAACUCCCUCCGUCAUGAACGUGAAGGCCUCUUCUUCCCUACCUUCUGGCUCUCCAUCGCAACAAUGAUAUCCGGCCUGGAGAAAUACUUCGGCGACGACGCCUCCCCAUCCUUCACAACAACCCUCGAAGUUCUAUUCUGGGUAUACUGCUUCUGCACCUUCACAGUCGCCGUCGUACAAUACUCCUUCGUCUUCACUGCACACACCUACCGCCUCCAAACAAUGAUGCCCUCGUGGAUCCUGCCCGCAUUCCCAAUCAUGCUAAGCGGCACGAUCGCAUCCGUCAUCUCGUCCCGCCAGCCUGAGCGCGCAUCAAUCCCAAUAGUCAUCGCGGGGAUGACAUUCCAAGGUCUGGGCUUCUGCAUUUCGUUCAUGAUGUACUCGCACUACAUAGGACGGCUGAUGGAGAGCGGUCUUCCUUGCCGCGAACACCGACCGGCGAUGUUCAUCUGCGUUGGACCGCCCGCAUUCACGGCUCUUGCCCUGGUUGGUAUGGCGCAGGGACUACCUGAGACGUUCAGCGUAAUGGGGAGUGAAGACACAGCAGCCGAUGGACGGAUGCUGGAGAUUCUGGCGUUAGCGGCGGGUGCGUUCUUGUGGGCGCUGAGCUUCUGGUUCUUCUGUGUUGCCGCUAUUGCUGUUAUUCGGUCGCCGCCGACGAGCUUCCAUCUUAGCUGGUGGGCGAUGGUUUUCCCCAAUACGGGGUUUUCAAUUGCCACUAUUACGCUUGGAAAUGCAUUUGACAGCACCGUGAUUAAGGGCGUUGGCUCUGCCAUGACUAUCUGCAUUGUUUGCAUAUUCCUCUUUGUCUUCAUCAGUCAUGUUCGUGCGGUCUACCGUCAGGAUAUUAUGUAUCCUGGUAAAGAUGAGGAUACCUCGGACUGA